AUGGGCGGGAGAUCCGGCACUGGUGCCCCUGGUAUGGGAGAAUCCCAGUAUACUGGUUUCACGGCGGAGACUUCUUCUCCCGUAACUUCCACUGGAUUGGAAGGCUGGACGCUAACAGCAGCCAUCACAUCUUCAGAAAUGAAGGCAAGCAAGGGAAAAAGUAAGCUCGGUAGCGACUUCAUCGUUUCUGAUGCAGAUUUGCAACUUAGAGUGCCCUUCCAGAGCGGCUGGACACUCGAUGGCGCCCCACCAACCUAA